UUGAAGUACGAACGGGCCCCCCCCUGUUGAACACUUUACAUUGGCCCUGCUCAUCUCCCCUAUAAUGUCUGCUUUAGUGUUCGACUGUACUCUUUUUGGCCUCAACUGUUCAAAUGAUCGGAAAUUUGGCGAGUUAUUUGUAAUACAAUUGGUGACAAUGUCACUACUGGGUGCUCAGCAGUUCUUCGGGAGAAUUUACUCACACUGUCCCAAUGUUCGACUGCCAUAUAUUAAUUUAUCAAGGACACAGAAGAUUUUUAUUAUAUGUCUCACGAGUGGGACAUUGUUGCUGGGUGGUUUAGCCAAGUAUUUGAAGAGAAGAAGGCGACCAUCCCAUCCUAUCAAUCGCCGGCCUACGAGGGAUCUCAGGCAACGAUUAUUGAGUGCGAAACCCUCGAAUUUUGACACGGUUUCUCAAGUAUCGUGGGCCAAGAGAAGUGAAGCAAGUACCCGGAGUCACAUCAGUGAUCGGGCUUCGUUGGUUUCUUCAAUUCCUGGAGGACCGGAUGGUGAUAUCAGACUAACUCCACAGCAGUACGGUGUUUUGGGAUUGGAAGCACUAGAAAAGGCUCUCUAUUGCUGGGAAGAUGCCCUAACUGCAUUCAGCUGCAUCUGCGGGAGUAAUGCACUUGCAUUACCGUCUAAAGCGGAUGCUGCCUUCACUCACGAUGUACAACAAUUGCUUGACCUUGGUUAUCAAAUUCAAAGUACGGCUGAGUUGCUGUUUAUCGAUCAGCACUCCGUACUAUUUUGCAAUGGCAGCGACGGAAGUGAAACAAGUCACAAGCGCGCCUCGACAACACGGUCUGGAAAGGAUAGAGACAAAACGGAUGCUGCAUCGUCCCCCGAGUCUUUUGCUUCAGCCAAAGAUGGGGUGGCAGAUUUGAGGGAGUUUGAGGAGUUCUCGGAGUUUUUCCCACAUUUUGAGAAACAAAGGCUGUAUCACGCUGCGUUGAAGCAACAUGAGGACCGCGGCAUUCCUUGCAGGAAGCUGCACACGGAGUUGGUUAAAUGCGGUUCUGAUGUUGAAUACGUGGCGAAGGUCCAUUGUCUGCGCCAAGCAUACUCCAGGCUCUUUACUUUGCCUGUAGCAGCCUCUUGGAUUGCUGAUAUCGGUCGUCAAGUCAUCAGCAAUUUAAUCGUUUACGCUGACAGGGAUCCCAAAGACUAUCUCAGCCAUUAUGAAAGGAUGAUGGAAUUUCUCAGCGAUUCUAGUAAUCAUCGAAUUAUGGAGGAGGAGUUGACGGGACGUGGUGUCAAGUGCAUAAAUUUUUAUGAUGUUCUCAUCGAUUUCAUUCUUCUCGAUUCAUUCGAUGAGAUUGACAAGCCACCAUCAUCUAUCAAAGCUAUUUUGCAAAAUCGGUGGAUUUCUGCGAGUUUCAGAGAAACUGCAAUUGGCACUGCAAUAUGGUCAGUCCUAAUGGGGAAACGUCAAAUGCUCAAAUAUUCAGAUGGUUUCCUAGCCCACUUCUACUCCAUUUCGGAACAAGUAUCGCCAGUGUUCGUCUGGGGCUUCCUCGGACCAGAAGGAAGUCUCACAUCGACCUGCAACUACUUUAGGGACCAAGUCAUAGAAUUUUUGAUUGAUAUAUUCGAUUUUUUCAAAGUCAGGUAUACUAACGUUGAUAAUCUUGCAGAAGAUAUUCUGAGGGAAAUGAGGGUGCGUGUAGAGAAUAUUAAUCAACGGUUAGCACUCGAAGGAUGUUGAUUUAUUCAUUGAUUAACCUAUAUAUAUAUUAAGUCAUAUAUUAGAUGAAAUAUUCAGUCGCAAUGUUGUACAAGUAGUUAAAUCAUAAUCCACAUUCUAUUCAAUACGGGUUGGUAUUUUACAUGCCCUCGAUCUUUUGUAUAUCUUUAACAAAUUAACAAAUUCCAGUAGCAUUACUUACCAUUUUUUUACCUUAGAACCAAACUAAGUUUAUUACAUCGACAUAUUAUUAGUAUUAAUGCCACUUUUUUCUUUAUAUUUGAACUUCUGUCACCACCAGUAUGAUUUAUUAGAGGCUAAAGAGCAUUGAAUAAUUGUAUAUAUCCGUGUACAGUUAAAAUAGGUAGGCAGUUUUAUAUUAAUAAAUAUGUUUUAUGAACGCUGAUGAUUAA